GACACACCAUGAUCAGGACACUACUGCUGGCAGCCUUGGUGGCUGGAGUUCUCAGCCAUGAGAUCUCCACUUACGAGCUCAAUCAGGGUAGGGUGGUUGGAGGACAGGAAGCGCAGGCCAACAGCUGGCCCUGGCAGGUCUCCCUGCAGUACCAGGCCUCGGGCUCCUGGUACCACACCUGCGGAGGCUCCCUGAUAUCCAACAGGUGGUUCCUGACAGCCGCCCACUGUGUGAGUAACUCCUACACCUACCGGGUCGUCCUGGGUCGGCACAGACUCUCCACCAAUGAAGCUGGCUCCGUGACUGUCUCCGUCUCCAAGUUUGUGGUGCACCCCCAAUGGAACAACAACCUUGCCAAAGGGUACGACAUCGCCUUGGGCAAACUGUCUCAAGCUGUCACCCUCAGCAGCAAGAUCCAGGCAGCCAACCUGCCAGCUGCAGGCACCAUCCUGGCCAACAACCACCCCUGCUAUGUCACAGGAUGGGGCCGGCUGCAGACCAACGGGCCGACCCCUGAUGUCCUGCAGCAAGGGCGGUUGCUGGUCGUGAGCUAUGCCACAUGCUCUAGCUCUAGCUGGUGGGGAAGCUCCGUGAAUAACCAGAUGAUCUGCGCUGGGGGUGAUGGUGUGAUCUCCAGCUGCAGUGGAGACUCUGGAGGGCCACUGAACUGCCAGGGAAGUAGCGGCAAGUGGGAAGUGCAUGGCGUGGUCAGCUUCGGGUCCAGUCUGGGCUGCAACUACUACCGCAAGCCGUCCGUCUUCACCCGGGUCUCUGCCUUCAUAAGCUGGAUCAAUCAGGCGAUCGCAAGCAACUGAUCAAAGAACACUCUGGCACUGGCAGACAGGGGGAGGUGACAGGAGAAAAAUAAUAAUAAAGUGACAAUUCAGUGAAUCCCUCCAUGGUCAUAGACAUACAACAAAUGUCCAUCCCAAACUCCAGGUCCUGAGAACAGGAAAGGGGCCCCAAGAAAGGCCGCUCUGUGCAAGGCCAGCAGGUCAGGCGGCACUCUGGGUGCAGAGUGUACCUCAACGAGGACGGUGCUCAGUAGAUGUGGUGUUGGACUGGGGACCUGGAUCUGGCCAGUGGUCUGCACUGGGCAUGGUGAACCACAGGGCAAGACAAUCACCCGUCCUGGGCUCGUGGGCUCCUCCUAUCACUACCAGGGAUGGACAAAAUGGGUUUUUAAGGUUGUUUAUAUUAUUUUAUCUGGUGGUUCUCAGGCCUGAACCCAGAGUCUCACACAUGCUAGAAAGUGGUCUGCCCCUGAGCUACACUCAAGACUGAUGAAAAACCUUUAAAGACAAGGGUCCAACUGCAAUCCAAACCUGCUUAUGUAUCACAAAGUGCCAACACUGCCCUUAAACCUGAAGACUGAAGUUUAAAGUUAGGAAAAUACAACUCAAAUAUCAACAUUUUUUUGAUCUUAAGAGCAAAACAAAACAAAUACCAGAGGUUCACCAAACCCGCCUCAGCCAUUUUAAAAAUUAUUUUUAUUUGGUGACACCUGACUCCGGGCAAAUGUUUUGAAAACAGCAGAGUCUACCUUAUGAGGGAUAACAGUAAGAGCCAAAUGAGGAGGGACAGAGGUAAAAGGGCAUCCUCACUCACCUGAGACUUACUGUUUAAGGUUCAGUAACUCA